AUGGCCUACACCGGCGCUGACUCGACCAUUGCGUCGAGGUCGCCCUCUGUUAUACCAUCUCCUCAGUUCCAAACGAGGUCGCGCACUCAAAGCGUCUCGAGCGAUCGCCCUUCCACAAUCAUGAGCGUCGGCCUGAUGUCUCCUCCCCUCUCAGUCACACCCGAACCCGCCUUCAUUGCCGCCUCCGCCGCUUCUCAGAUCGUAACCAACGACCACGACAGCCACGCCGAUACGUGGUACGAUCAACAUGGAGUCGAGCCCGCUGGAGAGACUGCUCUGGUCUCCACAGCCGCGCUUCAACUCGUCAACAGUUUCCUCGACCAGCUGCUUUUCAACUUCCUCUCAGCGUCGCGCGCAACGACCCUGUCAGCCCUGAGACCGGCGGUAUCCGAAGUUCUGAAGCCGAAACUCGCCAAAGACGCCAUCAACCAAGCCGAUGAAGAAUUGCGGGAAUACCUGGGCGGUGGGGAUGAGGACGACUUCGUCCAGCCAUCUGGCGCGAGUUCCUCGCCAAAGGACUGGGAUCUGGAACUCGUCUGGAAGCGAACGCGUCUGAGGUGCAUGGUCUACUCCUCGCUCGGCGACAUGGAAGAGGAGGACGAAGAUUAUUACAUGGAGCAGGAGAACCUCAAGCCAGGGGUCGACGAACGCGGCCCUGAAAUCAUCUCGCCAGCCGUCGCCAUCUUCCUAACCUCCAUUCUCGAGUACAUGGGCGAGCAGGCCCUUGUAGUUGCCGGCCAAGCGGCGUACCACCGACUCCGAUCGAAGUUCGAAAAGGAGCCCAAGCAAGGCGCAAAGAGCAUUGCCGAUGUUGCCGACAGGAUUGUGGUCGAAGAGCUGGACAUGGAACGAGUUGCCCUCGACAGGACCUUGGGCAGGCUGUGGCGCUCUUGGAAGAAGAGGAUUCGAUCUCCGGCCCUGGAUGGUCGCCCGUUCUCACGCAAACCCUCUGGCCAUUUCAGACAGAACAGCACUGCCGACAACAUUCCAGCCAAUGGUCUCGGGAUCCAGGAAGCGACAAAAGAGGAGCCCGAACUCGAUCGCGUGGAGGAAUACGUCAAGGCAUCGGCCGUUCCCUUACCAAUUGGCGACCGCGACAUCGACGAGAUUGAAGUGCCUGGUCUCGCCUCAUACAGCGAUGACGAGGCUUCAGAAAAUGAGGAGGAGGAGCCGGCGGCGCAACGGCCGAAGAGCCUGAUGAUCUUCACGUCCCAGCCCAGCAAUGACCUGCCCACCCCCACAAUGUCUCAACCGCAUACCCCAACCGCUACCUCCGGUCGCAAGCGCUCAAAUUCUUUGCCCACUCCGUCGCCUUCGCCGUACGCCUCGCCUGUUCUCAAACGCGCCAAAAUUGAGCCGAUCCCAACAGAGCUGGCCGACCAAGAGGGAGACCCCAAGAGCUCCGCCGACAAGGAGAUAUCCACCGAAGAAUUACCUGCGGAGGCCAAGAUCGUCGACCAAAAAGCAAUCAAACCUGAGACAGUCGAGGAAACCGAGGAGCCUUCGAUCGAGGUUGUGAAAGAGACCAAGCCUGAGGUAUUGGCUGACGAGGCUCCCGAGAUCAAGCCCCGGAACCCGAACCGCACCUCUCAAAAGGUCGCCUCGGUCGCAGCAUCGCCAACAACUGUUGUGGCAGAAGUCGCCACAGCGACCACAGUGGCGGUGGCCCAAACCAAACCCGAGCCAGCGGACGAGGACAAUGGCGAUAUUGACGAUCUGGAUGAGGAGGUAGAGAUUUGCACUUCUAGUAGAGUGUCGGUUGCUGGUCGCAGCUCACCAAGCGUCUCCGAGUCUGGUAAAGCUGUCGUGGUUGCACCUAUGGGUCUCAAGAGAACGCCUUCAGCUCGCGUUGUCGACGUGCGUGGCCCCAAGAGCCCCAUUGGAGGAUCGAGAACGUCGUCCGUUGAAGCCUCAGACCGCUCUCAGGCGCCCAACUUGUCUCGCGCAAGCAGUGUUUCUCGUUCUGCGUCGACUCCGCCCAUCGUUGAAGAAAAGCCAAAGCCAAAGCCGGUGGAGGUCGACACCAUCAUCCGCUCAUCCACUGCGACGCCGCGCACCCGGUCUCCAGUUGAGAAACUGUCUCGCAGGCAGAAUACCAAUGAGUCCAUCUCCGAGGAAGAAGAAGUUCAACAUCGCUCCUCGCGUCAAGAUGUAGCAAGGACGGCUGCGACAGCCUCGUUGGAGUCCCCUGCCUCAACACCCACCCCCAAAGCUGGUACGCCGGAAAUCAGGGCGUCACAAGCAAUUUUCAACCCUGCCCGUCAACAGCCUUCUCCUCGCCACCAACACAGUCAGUCUGCGACCAAGGUCACCAUCUUGAGCAACACCAACACCUCUGGACCGUUUGUCGAGGAGCGCCUACCCUCUCCACGCAGCCGACCGCAUGCCACACCGACUCUGCCUGACCGCAGCGGAGGCCGAACGGCCCAAGGCACUCACUCACCGGCAGCCAGUAUUGGUGUUGUCUCAGUUGACCGGACGGCUAACCGCGAUUCUCCCGAGCGCCCCAACCACCUUCGCGCAUCUGGUUCUUCUGGUUCCUCUAGUACCGGUAAGAUCAGGGCGGUUCGAACAUCCGAGGACAGCAAGGCGUCUGGUCGCGCCGACAAUCUCGCUCGCAACUUCGAGGAACUCAUCCAAAGCGACCAAACCAUUCAGUACACGCUUACUCCGGAAAGCAUGCGUGACAUGGAUGGGAAUCGGGCACGUACCGCAAGCCCGGUCGUGGGUUCCAAGUCGAGACGAAGCGAGGAUGCUCGGACGGCCAUGAGUGGUGAACGGAACCGUUCCGUUUCCGGCGCUGACAUCAGAAGAACUAUGUCUGUCAGCCGCGCAACAGGAUUAAACUCUCAUCCUGUUGAAACAAAACCCAAAGGCUUCGUUCCUAGAGCACCUCCCAGCACGACACUGACCAGAUCGAGAACAAACGGACCCAUGGCUAGAGACGCUCGUGUUCCUCGCGAUACCGCCAUGAACGACUUCGCGGAUUUUAUCCGCUCUACUGGCCCGACUGCUGAUAACGGACCUGCACCGCUACGCAACAUCAGUGGACCACCGCCUGUGCCUGUGAAGCAUAGUCUCGACUCGAGACGCAUCUCGUCAUCCAACAAUCGACCCCGCCUUCAGGCACGCGAUGCUGCUGUCGAUAAUCGGGAAGAUAACUCCGACCUGAUUGACUUCAUUCGCCGCGGACCUCCCAGUGCGAGUAAUCCUCGCAUUCCCAGGACUGUUGCACCAUUCCGAACUACAAUGGACUCUGACCAGAUGUCUGGCGCCGUCGGCGGCAAAGCAGUCGACGCUAGCCUGCCCGACAUUCGCUACAGCCAGGCAUCGACGGCUGUGACCGACAUCACGAUGCCUUCUGUCCAGUCAUCGAUCAACUCCCAGAGCGCGCUGAUUAAGAACAACCGCCCUAGCGGCAAUGCCUUCGAUGACGACGACAUGAUGCCGAAGCGUACCAGACGACGUGUUCGCGACCCGUACGCGAUCGACUUGAGCGACGAAGACGAGGAAGACUACGCACAAGCCGUUCGACCUCCCCCGAAAAAGGAGGAGAGCUUGGCGGACUUCCUCAAGAACUAUUCCCCGCCGCCCGAGCCUGCCGCACCUGUCGUCCCCCAAAGUAUCAAGAGAAAGGCCAGUGCGCCCAGCCUUAUUGGCCGCUUCUCACGAAAGGACAGCAACGCUGGACUGAACAGCGCGAAACCGCCAAAGGUCGACAGUCGUUCAUUGAACAGCCGGGCCGGAGCUGCUCAUGGUCACGUUCCCAUUCAAGUCAGCGGGUCUUCUGGUCAAGACAAGAACGGGGCUGUCGACGCCACUGCCAAUCGACCCGCUAUGCAUUCCUCAGCCGGGCGCGUGCCGAUGAAGAAGUUCGAGCCUAGGGAGGCUGUCUCAUCUACAAGCCGAACCGGCGACCUAGCAUCAUUCCUUCGCAAUGCGGAUCCGCCGCCGCAGGCGCCAUCCGCCCGCUUCACUCCUCCGCCCGAGCAGCAGCAGAGUGGCAGCAGCAGCGGUUUCUCCAAGAUGUUUGGCCGGCGCAAGAAGUCGAGCUUGGUUUAG